AGUAUGGCAUGAAAAUAAAAACCACAGAAAGAGACGGUAGAGAGCGUCGUAUUAUCUCUUGUGUUUAUGAUUAGAUAAUACGCGUUUAAUUCGAUCAAACAUGAAUGAGGAGAAGUAUCCGCGAUCAUCCAUUGAGGAUGAUUUUAAUUAUGGCACGAACGUCGCGACGGCGAGUGUCCACAUCCGGAUGGAUUUCCUCCGCAAGGUCUACACCAUCCUGUCAUUGCAGAUUAUCGUCACCACUGCUGUAUCUGCCCUUUUCAUGCUCUGUAACCCCAUUAAAAUCUUUGUGCACGAAAGUCCCGUGCUGGUGUUGAUAUCUGCUAUCGGGUCCCUUAUCCUUCUCCUUGCCUUGGCUGUGUACCGUCACCAGCACCCCGUCAAUCUUUACUUGCUGUUUGGAUUUACUCUGUUGGAAUCUCUGUCUGUAGCCACUGCAGUGUCAUUUUAUGAGUACACCAUAGUGCUCCAGGCCUUUGUGCUCACGUCUGCUGUGUUCCUGGGUCUCACUGCCUACACUUUCCAGUCUAAAAGAGACUUCAGCAAACUCGGAGCCAGUCUGUUUGCUGGCCUGUGGAUCUUGAUCAUUGCAAGCUUUAUGAGGCUUUUCUUCUACAAUGACACGAUGGAGUUGGUCUUCGCUGGGGCUGGAGCUCUGCUGUUCUGCGGGUUCAUUAUUUUCGAUACUCACUUGCUGAUGCAUAAGCUGUCACCGGAGGAGCACGUCCUGGCAUCCAUCAAUCUGUACCUGGACAUAGUCAACCUGUUCAUCUACAUCCUGCGCAUCCUCGACUCCAUGAAGAAACACUGAAUGUUAGAUGCUCCUCUUCACUUUCUGAAGUGAAUUCUGGGUGCAGUGCUGGGAGUGGUAUAAAAAUAAUAUUCUUUCAUUUAAUAGAUUUCAUGUAAAUUAAAUAAUGUUGUAACUAAUCAAAUAAUACAGAUUUGCACACAAAAAAUGUAUACAACAAUCUAAAAUAUUUAUUUGAAUAAAAGUCUUCAAAAAAUCACUGAAUAUAAGACAUUAAUGUCUUUGCAUUGCAGUUUUUGCAGUGUUCAGAAUUAAUGGAGUAUGUGUGCUAUUCUUCUAACUGGGCAUUAACAGCAAGCUCCUCAAGACACUCUUAUUGCGAUGUAGUUUCCCAACCAGCUGAAUACUUUCAGCUUGCAAAUCGGUAUUUGCAAUUUAAUGGCCGCAUGAAUUUUGCAAACCUGAUUGUACAACUUAACUUGAUCUGCUGUGUUGAUUAGAUUUCUGUCGACUGUAGUGUGACUUGUAAUCCAUGGUGAUUUUGCAUAUUUAAUUAGGUGGUGUUGUGAAUCAGUGUUUAUGGAUUGGGAACAAACUGUAUUUGAAGCCUGAGACUCUUUUCUUUAAUUUGGACUUGUAUGUGGGAUCUUAAUGAAUAACUUAAAUUCUAAUUAGACAAUCUUACUAAAAAAAAAAACAAAAAAAACUAUGAAAUCAAAAUGCAAAGAUUUUCAAAUGUAGUUAAGCACGGUUGUAUUUGCAGCAGUUUUUGGUGUCACAAUAGAACAUUCACUAAACAAUGUUAAAGCAGCAUGCAGUCACUUUCAAAUGUAUCGAACUAUUUUCCAUUAUGUCAGUUUGCUCAUUUUUAAUAAACCAAAAGAUUACAAAAUAAUUGAGAACAUAAUAUUCAGGGACCUCUAUAUGUCUGUAUCCAAAGUGCAAUAAACAUCAUAAUAGAAAUAUUAAUUAUUAUCAUAAAACAAAUAUAUUGCUGUAAUUUUUUUUUUAAGGACACAAUGGUUAUAUAAAAACUGAGAUGUCAUAAAAUGUUAUGUUUUUGGUGUAGAAAUCUAAAUAAAAUUAUUUGAGUCCA